GAUUCUAACACAAGGCAAUAAGAUGUCGGGGAUGAACCAGGUGCUCGCAGCCUGCUGGACCUUCCUCCUGCUCUCUGCCUUCCUGUUCGAGCCCACGCUCUCCAAGGGCGGUCGCGGGGGAUCCCGGGGCUCCUCCAGGGGGUCCCCUUCCCGCAGCUCCUCUGCGGGGACCUUCCGGGGAGGGGGAAGCUACGGCGGAACCCGCUCCCGCUUCAGGGCGGCGGGGCGCACCGGCCCCGUGAGGGUGGCGGCGGCGGCCGCCGCCGGGGCCGCGGUGGCCUUGACGGCGGACAAGUGGUACGCGUCCGCUUACCGCCGCAGCAACGCGGACAGCUCCGAGGAAGAGCUGGACUACUUCAACAGGACCAAUUACUUUGAAUCUCUGAUGGCGGGCUCGGCUCAGAGCGGACCGUCCCUCUACAGAGUGAUUUCUAUCAUCUUUGCAGCUUUUUCUCCCAGCUGUGGACUCCUGGUGGACACAGUCCUGUAG